UCUAAUAACUCUUCCCUUGGCAGCGUAGAUUCCAUGCUCAACUCUUCUUUGAAGGAUGAUGAUGAACUUCAGGCUUUAGUGGAUGAAGAUAGUUCAAUAAAUAUGGAUUCUGUCCAGCAUACACAUGGUAUAGGGGGUAGUCUACUAAAUGGGUCCAGUGGCUCGUGUUGUUGCUGGGACAGUUCCUGCAGUACAAUCUCACAGGAGCAGACCCAGGCCCGGUAUUCUCCAGACCAUGUUUCCAACACAGUUGUAGCAGAAAGAAUGUCAUCAUCGUCAGGUUUUGUGUCAAUGCGGAGUUCGAGCCAGAGCUACAAGAGCAGCUGUGUGGAGUCUAAGACCCAAAGUGUGACUGUGACCACCACUGUGCAGCAGAAGAGCUCAGAGAGCUACAGCAGCUCUGUGACUGUGAUACCUCCCGCUCUGCCAGUGAAGCAGAGAUCUCGGAGGGAGCGUCACCCCUCACAGUAUGACAAUGUCCCACCUCCAGAUAACACCAGCCCCACUCGCCCUCCUCCCUUGCCCCUUAAAAAGAAGCACAUGUUUCAGUCAGUGGCUUAUUCGGUAAUGGCGUACAUGGAGAUGUUUGGCAACUGCUCACAGCCCAAUACUAGUGAGUACCUGCGUCACUCUGUACACACAUACAGCUUACUGCAGGCAGAGUGGCAACAGCAUGAGCUCACCCUCAGUUCUACACAGUCCUGCUCGUUUCACUCACCACUUCACACCCAGGUCAGUAUAUAUACACAGAGAUGCCUGGCAACUGCUCACAGCCCAGGACCAGUGAGCACCUGUGUCAUUCUGUACACACAUACAGCUUACUGCAGGCAGAGUGGCAACAGUGUGAGCUCACCCUCAGUUCUACACAGUCCUGCUCGUUCACUCACCACUUCACACCCAGGUCAGUAUAUAUACACAGAGAUGCCUGGCAACUGCUCACAGCCCAGUACCAGUGAGUACCUGUGUCAUUCUGUACACACAUACAGCUUACUGCAGGCAGAGAGUGGCAACAGUGUGAGCUCACUCUCAGUUCUACACAGUCCUGCUCGUUCACUCACCACUUCACACCCAGGUCAGUAUAUAUACACAGAGAUGCCUGGCAACUGCUCACAGCCCAGUACCAGUGAGUACCUGUGUCAUUCUGUACACACAUACAGCUUACUGCAGGCAGAGUGGCAACAGUGUGAGCUCACCCUCAGUUCUACACAGUCCUGCUCGUUCACUCACCAUUUCACACCCAG